AUGAUUUCUGUGAUGAACGGUAUCAACAAUCCGGCAUCGUUCGGCUUCUCCGGAAGUUUCAUGGACAAACCGUUUUAUCAGAAAUUUGCUGCUACUAAUGUUGCAACGCCAGCUUCUGUAACUCCGGUUGCAACCACAGCUGCUGCUGCAACAGCUGAAUCAUCCUCAAAUAUUUCAGUAUCAAGUGCUACAAACGAGACUGAUAGGACCAGUACUCCGCCUGCACUUGCUACAAGUUCAUCGACGGCCUCAUCAUCACAGGUGAUGAAUGUGAUGAGUAACUUACCUGGUGCGCAUCAUCAUGUCCAUGCCGGACACUCGCAACAUUAUCCGUAUGGCUAUGACUGGGCGUCAUCACAUCAGGCUGCCGCUGCCGCUCAAGCUGCACAUCUUUCCGCGCAACAAGCUGUUGUUCAGCAAGCUGCUGCUGUUGCAGCUAACGUUGCAUCUGUCUCUUCUGCUUCCGUAUCAUCAUGUGUGCCAUCGUUAGGAUCCUCAGGGAUACCAUCACCAAAUGCUGUCGCCAAAGCUGCUUUUCUCUCACCAUCUACCGCAACCGGUUUCGAUAUGAUGAAUCCGAUGUGCCAAGCAGAUUUUUACGGGUCUAAUUUUCAUGCCGCUCAUGCAGCAGCUGUAGCCACUGGACAUACAUGGGCUUACGGUUAUCCACAACAGUAUCCCUUUGGUGCGCAUCCGUAUCCAGGAAGUAUGGUAGCCGAUAUGACUGGUUUAACAGAUGCAACAUUAGAUUGGACAGGAAAUAUAUCGUCGAGGAAAAAAAGGAAGCCGUACACCAAAUAUCAAACUUUGGAACUCGAGAAAGAAUUUCUUUACAAUACUUAUGUUAGCAAACAAAAACGAUACGAAUUAGCCAAAAAUUUGUACCUAUCCGAGAGGCAAGUCAAAAUUUGGUUUCAGAAUCGACGAAUGAAAGACAAAAAGCAAAAGCAAAGGUCAUCAGUGGAUCAAUCUUGUAGUUCGCAAUUGAUGAUGUCCAGUUUGAAGGGUGAAUAA